UUGUACGUUAUCUGAAUGGAUGUUGUGUUUUGCUGCAGCUCUUAGAAGAAAUGAUGAGGCUGCAAACAUACGCGGGACUGAGUUUAGUUGGUGCACUAGCGAUUAUUUAUCAUGCUUUUAAUACCAGAGGCCAAUUUUACCCAGCAAUGGCGUAUUUAUCGACCUCCAAGAUCAGUCUGGUUCUUCUCCUGAACAUGGGUCUGGUCAUCAUGUGCAUCUUGUGGCAGUUAACUAAAAAGGUGUUCCUUGGUUCACUCCGGGAAGCGGAGGUUGAGAGGCUGAAUGAACAGUCUUGGAGGGAGGUUAUGGAAAUCCUCUUUGCUAUCACAAUCUUUCGACAGGAUUUUUCUGUUACUUUUCUUGCAAUGGUCACUGCUCUCCUGUUGAUUAAGGCUUUGCACUGGUUGGCUCAAAAGAGGGUUGAGUACAUUGAGACAACCCCAUCGGUUCCCAUGCUUUCUCACAUUCGGAUCGUUUCUUUUUUGGGGUUUCUUCUCCUUCUGGAUAGUCUCUUCCUGUACAGUUCCUUAAAGUAUUUGAUACAGACAUGGCAAUCUUCUGUUUCACUCUUCUUUGCGUUUGAGUACAUGAUACUAGCAACAACAACGGUGUCUACAUUUGUGAAAUAUGUUUUCUAUGUCAGUGACAUGUUGAUGGAAGGACAAUGGGAGAGAAAGGCUGUCUAUACGUUCUACUUGGAACUUAUUCGUGACUUGCUUCACUUGUCUAUGUAUCUGUGCUUCUUCCUUGUGAUUUUCAUGAACUAUGGUGUGCCAUUGCACUUAAUUCGAGAACUCUAUGAGACCUUCCGCAACUUCAAGGUUCGAGUUUCUGAUUAUAUUCGAUAUCGUAAAAUCACUUCAAAUAUGAAUGACCGUUUCCCAGAUGCGACACCUGAAGAGCUGAAUGCAGGUGAUGUGACAUGCAUUAUUUGUCGUGAGGAGAUGGUGACAGCAAAAAAGCUCCUUUGUGGACACUUUUUUCAUGUGCAUUGCCUCCGGUCAUGGUUAGAGCGGCAACAUACUUGCCCUACAUGCAGAGCACUUGUUGUUCCUCCUGAAAAUGGGACAACUGCAUCUGGGGGGCAACAUGGAGUCAGGUCUGAAGUUCAUCAGCAAGGUAAAACUUUUGGCUCUUGGCUGUUUUCAUUUAUUUUUCAUGUUUAUAACUUGUAAGCGCAUUGGUUUGUU